CUAAGACUUUCAAUUAGAGGGAAAAUCAAUCCCCUUGGCCAGAGUCAUUCAUAUUCGUCCUCUCCAAGUUUUUCCAGUAACCCUAAUUCUCUGCAAUCGAUUGCUAGGCAGACAUGGUGAGGAGCAAGAUUGCUAUACCACAGAAGUUCAAUCGCCCAAAUGUCUCAAAACGCAAGCCCACCUGGUUCAAAAAACACUGUCAAGUACGCAAGAAACUUCAAGAAACAAGGGCGGAGAAGGAAACAAUGGAGAAUCAAGAGUCUUUAGUACAUGACACCCACAUGCAAGAACAAGAAGAUGAUGCAGCACAUGUACCAGCUCCAGAUCUACCACAGGUGCUUUGCAUAGAAUACCACAAAUCUGAGGAAGAAACGGAGACCAUAGAAGUGCCAAAAUCAGAUCCAGCACCAACCAUCAAUGUGCCAACCCAAUCUCCACCAGAUGCUCCAGUUCAAGAAGACGUAGAGUUCAUCCAAAUCCUAGAUGAAAAUCCUCUUGUUGCAGUCUCGGAAGUCCCAUUCCAGAAGGAAUCUGCAGCAAAGAAGAGAAAAAAGAAAGUGACUCCCAGUACAAUCCCUCAACGAAGAUCUAAGCGAAAGUUGAAGCUGGAGGAAGACUCAAUUUCAGAAGCACCACCCCAGAAGAAGCAAUCAUCAUCUUUCACCCCUAUGGACUCUGCAGCAGAGGUCACACCGGUGGUGAAAAUAGGAAAGUCUCCUCACUCUCGUUUUGUUUCCUCAAAAGCUAGGUCUCUUUUCAGUAAUGUGCACAAGAAAUCUAUUAUUGUUCAAAGAAGAAUUGAUGUGGAAGAUUUUAAACUGAAGACCAAUCUGAUUCCUCUCCUUGAAAAAUCCAAAUUGUUGAAAUCUGUCACUCUUCAAGGAUCAUUUGUGAAAUCUGUUAUCUGUGAGUUUUACUGCAACUUGUCGGAAUCUUGUGCUGAUCCUAGUGACCUCAUCAAAAAGGAUACCAAAAUCUCAGAAAAGACUAUGUGGCUAGACCUCACAAAUGGUCAAAGAGCCUCUCAGUCCAGCAAAGCAAAAAUUUCCUCCUCAAUACUCAAAAGUUCCUAUGCUAUUUUACUAAGAGUUGCAGCUCUUCACUGGCUUCCUACUACACACACCAAUACUGUUUCCAAGAUUAUGGCCAGACUUCUCUACAAGAUUAAGCACAACAUUCCGUUUGACCUAGGACAACUAAUCUUUGAUCAGAUCAUGCUCUUUGCAGCUGAGAAAUACAAGGUAAACUCCAUUUGGCUUCCCUAUCCAACACUUCUCUACAGUCUACUCGUCUCACAGGGGUUCAGCAAAGAAGAAGAGAAGGAAGAAGAACUAGAAGAGCCACCACUUCAAGUGGACAGCAGGAACAUGGAGGGAAAGCAUCACAAUGACAUGGAGGUUGCUGGUCCAACAACUGCAAAAGACAAAAAGACACCCUCCUUGGUGAGAUUCUUGGAGCAGAAACUGAUGCAGGUCAAAGAGGAGUUAGCCAGAGCUUCACAGCUGAAAGAGAAACUAGAGACCGAAAGAGGUAACUUGGUGGUCCUGUUGCGCCAGGCUAGGGAGGCAAUUCCAGAUUUGGAGCAUACAGACACAGAGGAGGAGGUCACUGGAAGCAUGCAUUCUGAUGAAGAGGAGGAUCACUCUGAGGGGGAGAGUGAGGAAGGGGAUUCUACUUGAUUAUGAUCUUGAUCUCACAAAACUCUGGUUAUAUUGGCUUGUGUUACUGUUGAGGUUGUUUUUGCCUCUGGGUUUUCAGGAGUAUGCUUUUUUGCUACUUCAUAACUUGUCUUUUUUGGAUUAUGAUGUUUGGAUGGUGUUUGUUGAUGCUGGAUAUGUUCUAUGGUUUAUUUGAUAUGCACUAUUGCUCGUUAUGAUCUGUGCUUGCCCUUACAAACUCCAUUGUCACAUUUGUAUAUUGCUUAUUGGUCAAGUGACGGAUGUAGGUACAGCUUUAUGCCACACUUUUUAGGUGUUCUAUGUCACAUUGUACCUACUCUUGAUCGGUUGAAUAUUACUCUUCAUUCUUUGCCCCAAUUUUUUCAAAUAAAACUUGGCAAUUUUU